AUCCCUCUUCACUCAUCACUCCUCUUCUGCUUUUCCUUCUUUCUUUCUGUCUUUCUUUCUUACUAACCGUGAAGAACAGUCGUCUCCCUGUUGCUUGUCCCCACCAUUUCCAUUCCUUUCCUUUCCAUCCCAUUCCAUGCCCACGGUAAAACACCGCCCAGCCAGCCCACCUGCCGCCCCCUCCUUUUACUUCCCUCCUCUUCCAUCCAAAUGAAUCCCCACAAUUAAUGCUUGAUUCUUGUUAACCUCUCUCUACAUCCCCUUAAAUCUCCUCAAAUCACACCAUUUUCUGUUCUUUGCUUUCCAUUUCUUUUUCACAGAGAAGACCACGGAAGACAAAGAGGGAGGGUUUUCAUUGUGGGGUGUGAAAGACAUAAAAGAAAAAAAAAAAAAGGUGGAGAGAGAGAGAGUGAGAGAGAGAGAGAGAGAGAGAGAUGGUGGGCUCAGGAGUAUCAUCAGAUAGGAGCAAAGAAGCAGUUGGGAUGAUGGCCCUUCACGAGGCCCUCCGAAGCGUCUGUCUCGACUCAGACUGGACUUACUCUGUUUUCUGGACAAUUCGUCCUCGCCCGCGUGUUCGAGGCGGUAAUGGCUGCAAAAUCGGGGACGACAACGGUAGCCUGAUGUUGAUGUGGGAAGAUGGGUUCUGCAAGGGCAGAGUUUCGGAUUGCUUGGAAGAAAUUGAUGGCGGCGGCGAGGAUCCUGUCCGGAAGGCCUUCAGCAAAAUGUCCAUUCAGCUCUAUAAUUAUGGAGAAGGGUUGAUGGGGAAGGUGGCUUCUGAUAAGUGCCAUAAAUGGGUGUUCAAAGAGCCCACGGAAUGUGAACCAAAUAUCUCCAAUUACUGGCAGAGUUCUUUCGAUGCUCUUCCUUCUGAAUGGACCGAUCAGUUUGAAUCAGGCAUUCAGACCAUUGCUGUGAUUCAAGCCGGCCAUGGCCUUCUGCAACUGGGUUCCUGCAAGAUUAUACCUGAAGAUCUCCAUUUUGUGCUGAGAAUGAGACAUACCUUCGAGUCUCUUGGUUACCAAUCCGGGUUUUACCUAUCCCAGUUAUUCUCAUCGACCCGAAACAACUCUUCUUCCUCAGCUCCCGCGAAGCAACCCCCGUUUCUAACACAGCCGCCGCCACCUCUAUUCAAUUGGGGGCCACCGCCUCUUCCAUCAACAACUUCAGUCCUUGCAGCAGCAGCAUCUCCCAGUUUUCAAACCUCUGCUAGACUUGGAUUUCCCCAGACCAAGGAUGACACCCAUAUGUUUCUCCUUCCCCAUUCUUCUGCAACCCGAACCGACGACAUGAUAGGUGAUCACGAAAACGACAUUAAGUGGCCGAACGGGUUGAGUUUCUUCAAUGCGCUCACUGCCCGGUCUGAUGAUGCAAAGCUUCUGUUCAACCCGGAGAGCUUGGGGAACAAACCGGACCAAGCCCAAGAUCAUCACCCCCUUAUACUGGAAGGGAAUAAUCCAAACCCUUCUGAUGCUUCAAACAUGCACAAUGCAGCCACAAAUCCUAACGAGUACUUGAGUUUGGAUAGCCAUCCAGAGAGAGUGAGAAAGAGGGGAGGCAAGUUCGGGAGGAGCUUCACCUUGCCUCCCAGAAUGGCGUCGUCGUCAUCUUCAUCUUCAACUUCGCUCGAUCACCAUUCGCACAAUCCUCUGGAGUACAAGAUCUCGGAAGGGGGAUCGUAUCCUGAUGCAAUGGAGACCUUCUUGGAGUGAUUUCAAGAGGCUCAAGUCAGGGGAUAAAUAAAGGAUGAGAAGUUGUAUUUAAGCUUAAUGUGUUUUGUCUUGAUGGUCUUUCUUCUUCGAUCAUCGCUUGUGUUUCUUCGUUCAAUUGACUGAACAUCUUCCAUCAUCUUUUGUAGUUGUAGACUUGCUGUUCGUGCAUGCAGGACAUGAAAACUUUCCUUUUAGACUUUAGAGUAGGUUUUCUUGAGUUCUACUUGCAUUGAGAAUCUCUCCCGUUUUAUUAGGGUUCAAAAACAUCAUAUUUUGUAUACAAUCUUUCAUUAUAUUUCAAUUAGAUUGAAUACUUUCUAGUCACAAAA